CGAAGUAAUAUGAAUUGUCAAAAACUUAAGUACAUACUUCGGGGAUUAUUAGAUAACCAAAAUAUUGACACCUUAGAUUUUAGCCACUGCAAAAUUGCUGAUGACGGGGCAUCUUCCAUCGCAAAAUCCAUAUCAAAAAGGGACAAAAUUCGAAGUUUGAUUCUUGCUGAUAACAUUUUCGGUCCUGUAGGAAUUGAAUAUAUAUCACAAGUUCUGAACCAUACAAGCUGUGGACUACGGACAUUAGACUUAAGACUAAAUAAUAAACUUGGAUCUGAAGGAAUAGCUCAAUUAGCUGUUGCUAUAGCAAGAGGGUGUAAUCUGACUUCAUUAAAUAUUUCAGGUUGUGGUAUAAAACCUCAUGCAUUAUUAAAACCACCAGCUGGUGUAUGGUCUGCUAUAAAUGCUGAUAAUCCACCAACAUGUGGAGACCUACUCGCUAGAGCAAUCGGCUUAGUGAAAACGCCCUUGAGAUCCUUAGAUAUAAGCAUUAAUAACAUUGGGACGCCCAGUGAUAACGCCUUAUCAAAUGCAAUUUGUUUGAGUUACCUAGUUGACAUUAACUUAAAGAGAUCCGGAAUGGGAUCUAUGGCUAUGGCUAUUGCUGAAUCAGCAGCCGCAGCUCAAAGAUUGCGGAGAGAAGCAGAGAAAGGAAUCCGUUUCAGGCGAAGUGCUGGACGUCUAGUUCAGGCUCGGAGAGUUGUUAAAGGAAUGAAUAUAGAUGCUGACCCAUUACUACUAGCUCAACAGUUGUCUGCUCGGCCCUCUAUAGUAUCCGUUGCUUCAGAGGAAGGAGUUUUUAAUAUUCAAACUCAACCUCUUUCAACAGAUUUUAGUUUUGUACCUUCACAAAAAAGCCCUCGACGAUCAUCGCGUGAAUCAUCGGUUACUGGUUUAUCGACAUCAAGAAGAUCUAGUCAUCACAUUAUUUUUGAACCGGCACAAGAAGUUCUUCGAGCAACUUUGGUGCGGCGAAAAUCUGAUGGCUCACUUUUACAACCCAGGGCAGAACAUUCGGAACGUCAUAUUAAAAUUUUUGUAUCAAAUGAAAAUAGAGGCAAAGAUCCUUACAAUUAG